AUGUCUGCACAUGCGUUUGCUCCUUCCAUCGGAGGCAGCCCGGCAGCCCGGCAGCUCCACUGUCCUCCUCACGCCCUUGGUGUCGGGCAGGUAUGCGCUGGCAAACGUGGAUCGGCAUGCCUGCUGGCUAAGAAAGGGCUGGACCCGUUUGAGGACAAGGCGAGGGCGGGAUGGAAGGAGACAGGAGAGUCUCUCAGCAAGGCAGCCAGCUCCCGCGUCCCCGACGCCAUAACCCAGACCGAAAACACGGCCAAGAGACAGCAGAACGCCGCGAUGCGAUCACGUCAGGCUGCGUUCGACAUGGAUGAGCCGGAGGCGCUGAGGAGGAUGAGGGAAGAGCGGGAGAGGCAGGAAGCGGAGGAGGUGGCGAUGAAGGAUGCGGCGAGGAGAGCGGAAGAAAAGAAUUUUGUUGCUGGUCAGGACCUGCGAGAAAGCAGGUUAAUCGACGAAUAUGAGCGACAGAAGAAGGAGAAAGAAGGCGCGGAGGAGGCGAGCAAGGGAGACAUCCGAGCUCGUGUCAAGAGCAUGCAAGGCCUCGAGAAGAGGCUGAGAGUGGACAGCGAGGCUCUCCUGCACCAGUCCAUGUUGAACAUGCAGCCACUGGAAGAGGAGCUUGCGGAGAUUGUGAUGCGGCACCAUGAGGCGACGAGACAGACGGCUGAGAAGGCGAAUGCUUGGAUGAACGGCUCCUUCAGAAUCAAGAGCGGAAGGUUGCUCGACAUCACUAACAGCCACAUGAGAAUCCGCUCGGUCGUAGUCAGGACGAAUUUUUUCGGGAAGGAGGCGGAGGAAGAGCAGGAGAUGCAAGUUGACUACCUGGACGGCAAGACGUGCGAUGACGCAGACUCGUUGAAGAUGAGGAUCAUCGAGCUCCUGCAGUCCUGCGAUCUCUUCCGAUCGACCGCCUCCAUCCUCUCCAUGCCCGUCGGGUCCCGCGGCUGGUCCGUCCCCGACCACUUGUUCCUCAACGAGAUCCCCUGCAACACUGAGAUCAGAGAAUGGUUCUACCGAGACGUCUGCGAUGCCGUUCAAGUCGCUCUUCAGGACUCCAGGUUUCUUGAGUCCUGCGCUGGCAGGCUCAAGAUCGAGUGCGUCCCCCCCGAGCUCAACCCGGAGAUGGAUUCCUUCCGCGUUGGAACGAUGCUCGAGAUGGUGCGGGAGAUCGCUAUCCGCGUCGGGGUUGUGAUGGGGAGGAGAGUCAAAGUUUGCAUUCAAGGGUCGCUAGGGGAAGGAAUCUUUACCGGCAUGCCGCUCAUGCUCAACGGCAUGCGGAGGGUGAUGGAGAGCAUGGACUGGCAGGCAAGGCCAGGAGAGAUGUACGAGGGGCUCCUGAUCAAUGUCUUCAUCAUCAUCGCUCCUCAGAGCAUGGUUGGCGCCUCCGUCUACGAGCCCCUCAGUCAGAUGGUGGAGGCUGCUGGGCCCAAGAGGACCGUCAUCCUCAUCAACCCGCGCUUGAAGGAUCGUCCCAGCUCCGGCAACGUCAUGUCUGUCCAAGGAAGAUCUCAGCGGAUCGCGUUUGCCGCCUCCUUCCGCGAGAUCUUUCACUUCCGCCUCCUCUACACCGGUACGACUUUCAUGUUCCCCAUCCAAGGAGCCUUGCGAAUGAACAUGGCAAACUCGCCGUUCUGGACCUUAUUCAAGAGAGAAACAACGACUACACCCGACGAACGCACCGGCGAAUCCUACCAGCCCAUUGCUGUCUUUGCUGAGGAGCCCAAGACGGAGGCGAUAACCAACAUGAUGAACGGGGACUGA